GAUCGUAUGGAUUUCAUUCACGAUUCGAAGCAAACAAAGUUACGCUUUGCAUUGUAUUAAAGGCAUCGAUAUAAAGAUCUAUGAUUUUGAUCGAAGCGAAAUAGUUAGUAAGGAAGUUAACUAGUUAGUCGGAAUCUGAAAGCUUAUAAAGUUUGGAGGAAAUUUGAAGUUAUGUGUACGAACGGAAAAAUGUGGAAAAAAAUUUGGUAAAACACGAAGAUUUAUCGUGCGAAUAUUUAUCAAUCGUUCCAAUGGAGAAACAUUGCUUAAAGAAGGAAAAAUACCUUCGGUCGCUAUGCGACUUGGACAAUGCAUUUUGUUUUCCUUAUUCGAAUUGAUUAUACUUGGCCAAUUACUUUUUGUGUUUCAUUAAAUUUUUGUAUAUUUUACUGAAAAAUAAUACCCAGCAUCAUGGUACAUAUACCAAGUGCAUAUACAUACAAUUUUUGGGCAAAGUCACCCACAGAAGUUGUUGAAUUGACUUGUUUAAUGCCAAAUGGGGUUGUUAUACCAUUCGAAACUAAUCGUAACAUUACUUUGGCCGAAAUAAAAGAGGAUCUGUGGGACGAGGCCAGUAAAUAUCCCCUGCAUGGCACGUUAAAAGAUGCUCCGUCCUAUGUAUUUUCUUGCAUCAAUUCCAAUGCAGAGGCAGAAGAAUUACGAGAUGAAACCAGACGCUUAUGCGACAUAAAACCAUUUUGUUCUUUGCUUAAAGUUAUAGAGCGAGAAGGUGUUAAAAGUGAUAGGAAUCUUGAUUCUCAAAUUGGUCUUCUAAUUGGGAAAGGAUUGCACGAGUUCGCAGCAUUAAAAAAUUCAGAAGUGAACGAUUUUAGAUGGAAAAUGCGAGUAUUAGGAGACGAGGUUGCAAUGCCGAGGCGGAAGAAAUCUUGGACAGAUAUAGUUCGUUCUCAAUUUCCUACAAGAUUAGCACCAACCGCUGCAAUACCAAAAAAUAUUGAAUGUCGAUUGAAAGACGGAAAUAUUGUUCUUGUUACAAAAUUUGAAAACACAGAGACGGCCUUCACUUUUCAAAUAUCACAUACCGCAACGCCAUAUGAGUUAUUAGGAAAUAUUUUAACUAAACGAGCAAACACUUUAAUGUCCGAGGGAAACUUGGAAGAUUUUACUUUGAAGGUUUGCGGACAGGAAGAAUAUUUAAUAGGAGAUUAUCCUUUAAUACAGUUUAGUUACAUUCAGGAUUGUUUAGCAAAAGAUGUUACUCCUACGUUGGUUACGUUAAGCAGAAGUAGCGUCUGUAUUGAUCAGGAAAAUACUGUAGAGAAUGCGGAGGCGGACGCUUUGCAACGUACGAGGCCUUCAUUCUCUACGCUGACUCUGCGUAAAAAGGGUAAACAUAUAUCUGCUUGGAAAAUAGAGGAACCAUUUGUUUUUAUAGUUAAUGGGAUAUCACGAUUGAACUGCGAUGCUGCUCAUCGUACUGUCGAGAUUGGGCUUCAAGCUGGUCUUUUCCACGGCGGAAAAUCUCUGUGCGAAAGUCAGAAGACCAAAGAAACUGUUGUUAGCUCUGAUGGUAGUUGCGAGUGGAAAGAAACUUUAAGAUUUGACAUAAAGGUGCGAGAUAUACCACGAAUGGCUAGGCUGUGCUUUGUUCUAUAUGAGAUUAGUAAGACUGCAAAAGGACUUAAGAGUCGUAGAUUGGUUAAAGACACCAAACAAGAAUUUUUUAUAAAUCCAUUAUGUUGGGCUAAUACAACUAUAUACGACUUUAAGUCUCAAUUAAAAACCGGAGCAACGACUCUUUAUACGUGGACGUAUGCAGAGGAUAUGCAAAACGAUGAUCUCUUGCAUCCUCUAGGAACAGUAGUGUCAAAUCCUCACAUAGAUAGGGCUGCUGCUUUGAUGUUAACGUUUCCAAAUUACGGAAAGGACAAGUCCGUUCUUUAUCCAACUCCUGAGAAAAUGGUCGAAUAUGCGAGAAAGUUGCGUGAAUCGUCCGCCGAACGAUCGAUUCAAGAAGAACCAGAUCAAGACACGGACGUCGGUAAGUUUCAACAACUCGAACAACUUCGAUUAUUAGCGGAUAGAGAUCCGUUGCACGAGCUUCACGAGCAAGAACGAAAGAUAAUGUGGACUUUAAGACAUCAUUGCCUUGUCGAAAUUCCCACGCUUUUGGCCAAACUAUUACACUGCGUGGAAUGGAACGAUCACAGGGAAGUGGCUGAAGCGACGGCGUUGGUGCAACAGUGGCCCAAACUGCCUGUCGAAAAAGCACUCGAAUUGUUGGAUUAUGCUUAUGCCGACCAAAAUGUUCGAAGUUUUGCCGUGCGUUGUUUAAUGGACGUCAGUGACGAAGAUUUAAGUCUAUACUUAUUGCAAUUGGUGCAAGCAUUGAAGCACGAAAAUUACUUAUCCUGUGAUCUGACGGAGUUUUUGCUGAGACGCGCCCUUAACAAUCGAAGGAUUGGCCAUUUUCUAUUUUGGCAUCUUAGAUCAGAAAUGCAAGUAGGCGCCGUAUCCGUUCGGUUUGGUUUAAUAUUAGAAGCUUAUUGUAGAGGAAGUCAGCAACACAUGCGAUCGCUAUUCAAACAAAUGGAAUGCCUGGGUAAAUUGAAAUGUGCUUCCGAACUAAUAAAACAAAAAAAAGACCAUCGUAAAGCAGCGUUACAAGGUUUUCAAGAAUUCAUUCAAGAGCCUCACUGCCAAGAAGCACUUUCGAACGUUUUAAACCCCUUAGAUCCAAGUUUUCGAUGGAAACGCAUUAAAAUUGAGAAAUGUAGAGUGAUGGAUAGUAAAAUGCGACCGCUUUGGUUGGUUUUUGAAAAUGCCGAUCCGUUUGGCGACGAUAUUUAUUUGAUUCUCAAACACGGGGACGACUUGAGACAAGACAUGCUUACGCUUCAAAUGCUACGAAUUAUGGAUAAAUUGUGGAAGAGAGAGGGACUAGAUCUGCGCAUGAAUCCUUAUGGUUGUAUAUCGACAGAAAAUAGAGUCGGAAUGAUCGAAGUGGUUCUAAACGCGGAAACGAUUGCGAACAUUCAAAAAGAAAAAGGCACGUUUUCGGCAACGGCCGCAUUUAGACGAGGUUCUUUGCUCGCUUGGCUGAAAGAUCAUAAUCAUACUGAGGCGGCAUUGAACAGAGCUAUUGAGGAGUUUACGUUGAGUUGCGCGGGUUAUUGCGUAGCUACGUAUGUUCUCGGAAUUGCGGAUAGACAUUCGGACAAUAUUAUGGUGAAGAAAACUGGCCAGCUAUUUCACGUCGAUUUUGGCCAUAUACUUGGACAUUUUAAAGAGAAAUUUGGAUUCAGGCGUGAACGCGUGCCAUUUGUGUUGACUAAUGAUUUCGUGCAUGUAAUUAACAAAGGACAAACGAAGAAAGGUCAAGCAGUAGAGUUCCAACGAUUCCAAAGUCAUUGCGAGCAAGCAUUCCUUGUCCUGCGCCAGCACGGAGGUCUAAUAUUAUCUUUAUUCGCUAUGAUGAUAUCGACGGGAUUACCAGAGUUAUCGUCGGAAAAAGAUCUUAAUUAUUUAAGGGACACAUUGGUACUCGAGAUGUCCGAAAGCAAGGCGCAACAGCAUUUUAGAAGCAAGUUUGACGAAGCUCUCUGUAACUCGUGGAAAACUUCGUUAAAUUGGGCGUCCCAUAACAUGUCGAAAAAUAAUAAAACGACAUGAAUGGAGUGGGAUCGGAUCGAAUACAAAUGACAACAAGAAAAAAGCCAGAACAAAAAGACGGAAGGCGGGCAAAAUAAGACGGAAAUGAAUUUAACCAACAUGCUGAACGAAUAUGCGCCGUUGCAUCGUCAUCACGUUUAAACAAAUAAAAUAAGAAUCCGAAUAGACAGGGAUUUCUAUGAGAAGAAAGAAGUAAAGAAAAAGAAGACUGAUUUGCAAUGGAGAUCUAUCGUUAUUGGUCACUAACAGCAGUUGCCUUUUUCGUUGUCGUGUGGUAAAAACACGUGUACGGGCGCGCAUACACGCACGAUUAUUCAAACACUCGCUUCACCUGCCCUUCCCUUCCUCCUCGCCAUUCCUUCGUCAUUUUUGGCAGAGACGAAAAACGAAAGCGAAAUACGUAUACGGUACAUAUCAUUGGUCGACAUUGCGGAUUCUUGAAAAGAAUAUACGCGGACGUUCGUUUGCUAGAAAUGUUUCGGGGCAUGUUGCCCGCAUUAGAUGAUCGCAGUGUCCUGGCUGUGCCGAUAUAGCAACUCUCCUAAAAUCUUUCGAUUGAAAUCAGAAAUGCUCGAAAGCUGACAAAAGAAAACAAAAUGUGAGAGAAUCCUAGGAAUUUCAAAACCCUGAAAUACUACUGUAUUGAUA